AUGUCGCACUCCCAUCAAUUCUAUAACCUCCCGCCGGAGCUAUGGUAUGCAAUAUCAUCAUACCUACCAAAUCGCGAUAUCAAAAGUCUCCGUCUUGUCUCGAAACGAUUUUGCAAUUCAGUGGAGCUCAGACUGGGGAGAGUGUUUUUGUCGGCGAACCCCUUGAACAUCAAAGUUUUUCGCGCGAUCGCAGAUCAUGAGGAAUUCCGACAUAAGAUUUCAGAAAUUGUUUGGGAUGAUGCGCGGUUUGCUAGGGGCCCUAGUACAGAGAUUAUCCACCCUGAGCAGGGAUUAUAUUUGCCAAUCACAGAUGCGAGUGAUGAGGAGACAGAAUUUGAAUCAAGGCAACACCACGAUGAAAUUCAGGGGCCACCAAACUGGGAAGUUUACGAAAGUGACUUUGACUUUGGGGAUAGAGAAGAUACGGAGUUUGGAGACCCGAUCUAUCAGUUGAGGAAUAGUGCAAAUUUCAGGGGGCGAAAUUGUCCACUUUGGUUCAAGGCUGCAUGUGUUAACAACAUUGAACAUAUUUUCAUGCGGCGACGCAAACUCAACAUGAUUGAGGCUUGGCAUCAGAAGUUUAAAGAUGAAAGGAAAUUGGGUAAGGCUGCACUCUCUAUGAAUGAGUCAUGGAAAAUUUAUCAGAGUUUGCUUCGCAAACAAGCCGACGUUUUGGCUGGAAAUUAUGACGAAGAGGCAUUCCUUUAUGGACUUGAACGAUUUACUGCACUGAAGAGAGUGACAAUCACCCCUGCAGCUCAUGGUGUACCGUUUGCUCCAUUAUACCAAAGUCCUAUGAUUCGAGCAUUUCCGCCAGGAUUCAACUAUCCUAUCCCUCGUGGAUGGCCAAUAUCGACUACGGAGGAGCCAGAGGAUGUGAUAACAUUUCCUUGGCAACAAGUUGAUGAAAGGCACAGAGAAAAAUACCAUGCAUUCCGUAUUGUCACACGUACCCUUGCACAACAGAAACACAAUGUGGUGGAAUUGAUUCUAGAGGCUCGACAACUCUAUACUGGAAUCAAUUGCACAAUAUUUGAUCAACCUUGCAUGGAACAUGAUAAUCUUCUGACAAUUUUGAAGAAACCAGGCUUUCGUCGCUUAGAUAUUUCUUUGAUUUUUGGUGGAAGAGGAUCAGCCACAGAGAACUGGAAGACAUUCCGCAAUGGAAGGCUCCACAAGACACUAGGUACAAUGACAGACCUAGAGGAAUUUACCUUCUAUACGGCAGGGUUGGAUAAUUGUUAUGAGUGGAAAAAUCCACCGGUUGACACUAAUCCAGUGUCAUUGGAGCAUAUAUUCCCUGUCGAAAAGUGGUCUAAACUUCGUCAUUUUGCACUAUCACGCUUCAUAGUCAGCCAGGCUGAUCUUAUCACACUUCUUUCAAAACUACCAGACACACUCCGAUCAGUCAGAUUGAGCUUUCUGGUAUUUUUUGAGAAUGCGACAUCUUGGCAUACUUUCCUUGAAGAAUUGCGUACAAAGAUCCAGGAAAGGAGCCUUUGGCCGGGUCAUCGACCAAAUGUUAUCAUCGGCAACGAGCGAACUUUUCUUCUCCUUGGAGGUGCUGUUUGGCUUGGGAAGGCAGUGGACGAUUUCUUAUACGAGGGCGGUGAAAAUCCAUUUUAUGACCCCCCCUCGUGUUUUAGUCAAAAAGGAACUUGGAACAAUCAAGGAUGCAUUUGA